ACGACGUAGUAAUAAACAAAACGCCACCACGAGCGGACCGCAAUGGUGCAUAGCUCCGCGACUCGACGCGCGGCUGCGGGCUGUUUACGGGACCCGGGAUCGUGGUCGUUGUGACGUUGACGUGCACGCCGCCGCCGCAGUUUGUGCUGACUAUUGUUUCUGCGAAAAUGUUGAGCCGAUUCGUGAGUGGCAGUGUCAGGAAUCUCGAGCGGGAAUACAGCUGCACCGUCCGCCUGCUGGACGACUCGGAAUAUACGUGCACCAUUCAGCGAGACGCUAAAGGCCAAUAUCUGUUCGACCUCAUCUGCCACCACCUCAACUUGCUGGAGAAAGAUUAUUUCGGCAUCAGAUAUGUGGACCCCGAUAAGCAGCGGCACUGGUUGGAGUUAACAAGGUCUAUCGCUAAACAAAUGAAAGCUCAGCCGCCGUUCACCAUGUGUUUGCGUGUCAAGUUCUACCCUCCUGAUCCAGCUGCUCUCAAGGAGGAAAUCACUCGAUAUCUCGUCUUCCUGCAAAUCAAAAGGGACCUUUACCACGGCCGCCUCCUGUGCAAAACCUCGGACGCCGCCUUGCUAGCUGCCCAUAUCCUUCAAGCUGAGAUUGGAAAUUACGACCCCGGGAAGCACCCUGAAGGUUACAGCUCCAAAUUCCAGUUCUUCCCCAAGCACUCGGAGAAACUGGAGCGACGCAUCGCAGACAUACACAAGACAGAACUGAUCGGACAGACACCUGAAACAUCAGAGCGAAAUUUCCUGCAGAAGGCCCAGAUGUUGGAGACAUAUGGUGUUGAUCCACAUCCGUGCAAGGACGUGUCGGGAAACCCGGCUUUCCUCGCCUUCACGCCUUUUGGUUUUGUGGUCUUGCAGGGAAACAAGAGAGUGCAUUUUCUCAAAUGGAAUGAGGUGACCAAGCUGAAAUUUGAAGGCAAGACAUUCCACGUUUAUGUCAACCACAAGGAGGUGAGAGCGUGACUUGCUGGCAUGCAUGUUGUCCAUCAUGCACCCCCCUCAGUGUUUUUAAUGAUCCUGCACGCCGUCCUCUAUUUUCAACGUGCAGGAAAAAAGAUCACCCUGACAUACUUUGCACCCACACCAGAGGCAUGCAAACACCUUUGGAAGUGCGGCGUGGAGAACCAAGCCUUCUACAAGCUCGACAAGUCAAGUCAGGUCCGGACUGUAUCCAGCAGCAAUUUGUUCUUCAAGGGCAGCCGGUUCCGUUACAGUGGCCGCGUUGCAAAAGAAGUGAUGGAACAGAGUGCCAAAAUCAAACGAGAACCUCCGGAAAUACACAGAGCUGGCCUGGUUCCCAGCAGGAGCUGUCCAUCCAUCACACACGGGCCUCGGCUCACCAGCGUGCCGCGCACACGCCGGAGAGCUGUGCACAUCUCUAUCAUGGAGGGCCUGGAGUCGCUCCGUGACAGCGCCCACUCUACCCCGGUGCGUUCGGUGUCCCACGGGGAGGCGUUCAUCCCGCGCUCACGCAGCCAGGCCGCCGACGCCGGCGACAGGACGGCGGUGAUCUCGGACGAAGCCUACAGCCCCUCCGACAGCGUCCUGCCAACCCCGGUGGCCGAGCCCGGUGCCGAACUGCCAGCGUCCUUGCGGCAAAUUAACGGGGCGCCCUGCAGCAUCGAGGAGGAGAAGGAGUCGGAAGCCGGGACCCCCACGCGAGGGGACGGGGGGGACUUUGGACAAGAGGGCGCUACGGGGGCCCUCGGCGAGGUGGAACAGGUGAAUAAGUUUGUCUUGAGUGUCCUGCGUUUGCUCCUCGUCACCAUCGGACUCCUCUUUGUCUUGCUCCUCCUCCUCAUCAUCCUCACCGAAUCCGACCUGGACGUGGCGUUCUUACGCGACAUCCGCCGGACCCCCGAGUUCGAGCAGUUCCAUUACGAAUACUUUUGUCCCCUCAGACGGUGGUUUGCCUGCAAGCUCCGCUGGGUGGGCGGGUUGCUCGUUAGCAAAUGAGGCGCUCGCGUUGGUAAAAUGGCCGCUCGGUGGGGGGCCGAGGAGAUGACACGGUGGCGCCCACGGGACUCCCUGCAGCUCGGACCGCCCUGGUGACCCCAGGACAACUUCUCUCUCUCCCCCUCUCACACUUUGAGUUUUUCCACCUCGCCCUCUUCACUUUUGCUUCCGUCCUCUUCUUUUUUCUGGAUACCCAUCAUCUUUUCCUCCCCCUAUUUUUUUUACAUAAAAAAAUCGGAGAACUUUGAGCGCAAUGAGCAUUGCCUUUAGUUAUUUAUUGAUUUUAAAGGUGCAUUUUCAUCAAGACAAGAGGAAAGGAAGAGUGAUAAUAGGGAAAACGAGUGAGUUAGCGGGGUACAAACAUACUGUAUUGAAUAGCCUGAUUUAGCCUUCGGAAAUAUUGAACAGGUUUUACAUUUAUGAUGACUUAUCACUCAGAAUAAUCUUUUUGAGACAGCCGAUAAUCGGCCUUUUGAUCACAACUGUCGUAUGCGUGUACCCGGCUUUUAGUGGAGCCGACAGCGAUAAUAAAUAUAAGUCAGAGAAGGUUGAAGCGAAAAGAAGGUUCGGGUGAAGGAGGAGAAGAAUACGAAAUGGUUUUGGGGUUUGUUUUAAGAGGUCACUUUAAUAGAUCUUUUUAGUAUUAUAUGAGGCUAUGGUGAAGAGUCACAUGACCUUGUGAGUAGUGAUGAGUAGCCUAGAUAUACUACGUAGACGUGCAAUGCUCAUAAAGUACUUCUUGAAUGUGCUUGUCGGUUCUGCUCGUUCGUUUCCAUGACCUUGAGAUUCAGUGAAUUUCAAUUAUUUCUUACAAUAAAGAUUUAUUUUGGUUUAAAGAUGAACUUUUAGGUUUAUGUAUCAUAUUGCUGGUAGAAUAUCAGAUGAUGUACUUUUUAUUUGUACAAAACGAGUUUGUUUCCUAAUAUAUUGACAGCGCCGAUGUAUAUUUUAACAGGACUCAAAUGUUAUUUUGUUAUUGAAGAUGACGAUGAUACUUUUUGUAGCGCUGCGAGUUCAAACGAGGACAGGAGCGUCGACUGAGAAACAAGUGUCCGCCUUGUGUCUGUUUGUACAAUACAAAUACACUUGUAAUGCCAAAAUACAUUUGCAUCUUUCAUACUUCUUUUUUUACAUCAAAUGUUGUGUGGAAAAAAAAAAACGUAAUUGAUAGCUGUUAAAAUAAACACAAAAACAACAUUUGUCAUUGCUGAUGGAUUCUGGCAACAAAAAAGAAGAAGGUUUUUGAAAUUGAAAAGUCCCUUUUUAAAUAUAUACAUAUACAUACAUACAUAUAUAUAUAUAUAAAAGAAGAAGAACAAUAUAUAGAUUAUUCAUUAUAUUCUCCACUUUUGGGGAAGUGUCAUCUUUUCAGCGUCCGUAUUUUUUAUUUUUGCACAUUGCUCUCGGUCUACUGGAAUAAGAACGCAACAAACAAAAGUGAACAUACUGUAGUUGUAUCCGCCUCAUGUAGCGUCUUGACAGUAGAAAAAGAAAAAAUAUAUAUUUACAAAGAAAGAAAGGCACCAUUCAAAAAGCAAUAAUUGGUGAAUGAUAAGAAAUCUGAAAAAUAAUAAUACAAAUCUGUUACAAAUGAAUGUGACUACUGGCUUGGUUCCAAUUGUAAUUCUUCCUCAUUAACCUCUUGUGUGGAUCUUUUUCUUUUGUUUCAUUGAAUGUUCUUCGUCAUGCUGCUUAGAGGAAAUGUAACAUUGUGUUUGUAUUUAAGUCUUAUCAGUUAAACCUGCAGUUUAGUGGAAAAAGGCGCGGGAUAAAAAGAUGAAAGUUUUGACUUUGACUUCUUAAUUUCAUCUCAAUAUCAAAAACGCCAUUUCAUGAUUUCAAUUCAAAAAAAUUGUUCAUUAUUUUGAAACAUCCACUAAUGACACAAAUGAAAAAGCAUUGUGUUCCUUUUUUUUUUCUUUCUUACAGCUAACAAAAAGCUGCAAUUUACCAUCUCAAGAAAUUUAAAUCUAUUAAAAAAAAACACUAUUUUACAAAAUAUUAUAUUUGAUGGAGAUGCACCUUAUGUACCAUCUUUCUUUUGUUGCCCCCACUGGACAAGCUUUGUGUUAAGUUCCGAAGGAAUUCAACAAAGACACUUUGUACAAUGUGAUGUACAAAUCUACAAGAUGUCUUACUGAGUCAGAAAAAGAUCACUUUGAUUCUAAAAAUUGACAUUUGUUUUGUUUACAUAAUGUCCUCUGUUUUCUCAUGCCAUAACAAGUUGUAUCGCAACAACCAUGUGCCAAAUCCAGCAGUCGUGUUUGUACCUUAGCUAACCUCUUGGAAAUCUUCUUUCUCUCUCCAGUAGUCCUUUGUAAACUGGUGCCAUGAAAUGGAAUAAAUCUGACUUGAAAUAAACAGACAUUUGAAAUGA